GAAAAUGAAAACACAAAACACUAGUUAACGAACCCGGAAGUUUCCCAAUCACGUGGAUUUUAAAUCCCAUCAAUUUUUCGUUGAAGCCUCCUGUGUCAACAAGCGAAUAGCGAUGAAAAUUAAACUGGGUCGUAAAUGUCAACUAAUGGUCAAUUAUCAGUGAAAGCUGGAUGAUGCUCAAAUGGGUGUUGGUCAUUCUCCUGGCUAGAGUGACCUUUCGUGAAGCCCUAGCUUCCUUGUGUUAUUCUAGGAACUGUUCACAUGGGAUUUUGGAUGAAGUUAAACCCGAAACUUUCUCUUGUAAAGUUGGAUUUGAAAAAGAAUUUGAAGCCUUUAAAAGACAAUUUGGUGUUCAUGAGAAAUACGAUUUUUCGUCGGCUGAUGUAUUUCAUGAAAGACCUGUCAUACAAUCCAUUCAAUUGCAUGACUACUUAAAGACUAGUCAUCCGGAAAUCAGCAGAUACAACAACAAAGAUUUAGAAAACAUCACGCAUGGUUUAACCCUCCGAAUUAUCAUACCGGUGGACAGAAAAUAUAGGGCUCUGUAUAUGAAAUUCAGCAGUUCUAGUGAUGCAGGUAACCAUAUGGAUAAUUUUUACUCACGUUUUCCGAAGAAAAUUUUUUGGGAGUUUUCUACAUCGACAAGUGUAUCCAUUCAUACUCACCUUUGUCUCCAAGGCCUACAGCCACACCCUGUCUCCUAUACGAUUCUCCUGACUCUCUUUCCACCAAGCAUGCCCCAGUCAUCAACAUAUCAGGUUUCGUUUUCAAAGGAUAAUCUUGUUGUUGCUGUUUCACUGUUACCGCGAAAAAACGGCAUCGAUGUCUUCUUUCAAACACCAUCUGAUUUCUGCGAGAUGAGGGCCUGCUUAUGUAGGAAGGCUCCUAAGCACACACAGUGUGAAGAAUUCAUCAUACUUUCCAUCGCCAGUCAUACUUUCAGGGAUAAAAGCCCAGGAAUUUACUUCGUGAAGAUAGAACAACAUUGUCCAGGAGAUUACAACAGUGACGAGGGCACAAUUCCUUAUUUUGCCCGGUCAUCACUGAUACAGAUUCCUGGUUCAGACCCUGUCAUUUCCUCACAUAAAGUAGUAAAAGUUGCAAGCGAUACUCCUUUUGUGGUUAUCGGGUGUCUGAUAGCUCUAGUUCUGCUUAUUGUCAUGUAUCUUGCUGUCCGGAACAAAGUUUCUAUGUUCUGGUCAUUCUUCAAACGCAAAGACGGACAUAUUACAUCAUCAAACCAAGGAAACGACACACAACUAGAUACCUUUCGUACAAGUGCUCAACUGUGCGUAGUGAAUAGCCCUACCGUUAAUGAAAGUAGGCCUCUCAAUUCUGGACGCUGUACGUCAUCGCCUUCUGUGUACACGUAUAACUCUGAAAAUGAAUUGUAUGAUGAAGAUCAGGCGUCUGUGGUGAUGGAUGAGGAAUUAAGGACCUAUAUGAGAGAGGUGAACCAAUUCCAAGCCUACGACGACGGUCGAUGUCCUGUUCAUGGAUAACUAUCUCGUGAACACAUCGUCAUCAAUGCGUUUGUUCAUAGUGAUUCAUAAUAUUUUGCAUCUCCUGAAUUGCAUGGUUAUGACAUUACGUAAUCGAACCAUGUUUUCAUACGUGAUGGUUUGCACUUUGUAUAAUCAUGAUCUUUUGUAUUUCAUUGCAUCCCUAUGAUAUUACGUACUCAAACGUGUUCAUUGCUAAUGAACUCUUGUGUGCAUUCUUGCAUAUCAUGAAUUGCAUGGUUAUGACAUUACGUAAUCGAACCAUGUUUUUUCAUAGGUGAUGGUUUGCAUUUUGUAUACUUCAUGAUAUUUUGUAUUUCAUCUCUAUGAUAUUACGUACUCAAACGUGUAAUGAACUGUUUUGUGCAUUGUUGAUGAUAUUUUAGUUAUCAUUGCAUGGUUAUGACAUUACGUAAUCGAACCAUGCUUUCAGGGGUAGAUUUUCAUUGUUUAAACUUGAUGAUAUUUUGUAUUUAGUUGCAUCACUUGGAUAUUACAUUACUAAACCUGUGUUUAUGGCUGACUAACUGUUUUGCGAAUUCUCCAUGAUGUUUUGUAUUCCAAAGCAUUGUCAUGGCAUCACGUUAUUAAAUCAUCUGAUCAUGGGUGAUGAUUUGUGUUUUGUUGGUCACGUGCACGUUAAUCGUGUCAUCAAUCAUAGAUAAUGAUAAGAGUGUCAUCAAUCCUAUGUGUUCAUGCAUGGAUAAUGAUAAGUGUUCAAAUGUAAAAAAAAAAAAACCCAAGAAAUUGUGUUCAAACAUGUAGCGGCUUUUGAAUUCAUGUACAUAACAUCAAAUCAUCGUAUCAUCAUGUCUUAAUGAGUAAUAAAUUGUUAUUCAA